AUGACUCCGCCAGAAUCACUCACCAUGUCCUUCCCGUCUGGUGACCGUCCUUUGGACAACUAUCAGUUCACCUUCGAGUCGUAUCUGACCGACUCUGAUCGGAUCGAGGCGGAUGUAUCCUACCACUUCCCCAACGACGUCUCGGAAAAUGAGCGCGUCGAGGAGCAGUACGAGAUCCUGAAGAUGGUCAUGGACGGCCGCCUGCAUCUUGCUCCCUUCUCCCGCGACCACCCGCCCCGGAAAGUUCUGGACAUCGCUACGGGCACUGGCAACUGGGCCAUAGAAAUGGGCGACUUGUACCCCGAGGCCGAGAUCAUCGGCACUGACCUCAGCCCUAUCCAGCCAUCGUUUGUGCCGCCAAACGUCAGAUUUUUCGUUGAGGACUCAUCUGACGACUGGGACUACCCCUCCGAGUUCGACUUCAUCCACACCCGCAUGACCAUCUCGUGCUGGUCGGACAUGAAGACUCAAAUCAUCCAGCGCGCCUUCGACCACCUUCGGCCCGGUGGCUGGCUCGAAUGCCAGGAAGCCCCGGCCACGAUCGAUUGUGACGACGGCACCAUGCCGGACGACUACGCGUGGCUGCGCUGGUCCCUGGACUUCCAGGCCGUCUCGCGACUCGCUAACAGGCAGAGCGAAAUCGGGCCCUACCUCAAGGACUGGAUGCGCGAAGUUGGCUUCGUCGACGUGCAAGAGGUCACCUUCAAGCUCCCCCUCAACGGCUGGCCGAAGGACCCGCGCCUCAAGCAUAUAGGCAUGCUGUGGCAGCGAAACCUGCUCGAGGGCGUGAGCGCCUUCAGCCUCGGCAUGUUCCACCGUUUCAUGGGCAAGAGUGUCGAGGAGAUCGAGCUCUCCCUAGUGGACGUGCGGAAAUGCCUGUUCGACCGCAGCGUGCAUGCCUACCACAGGCUGUACGUGGUCUUCGGCCGAAAGCCCGAGACCGCCUAG